AUGCUCGCGCCCAAACCGAGCGGCCUCGGCCUCCGUAGGGUGCGGAAGCGGCUCUAUUAUGGCUUGGACAAGGAUUGCAGCCUGGAUAAUCUCUCCAGCCCCGUGGCAGAUAUUGCUGUGGAGUUGUUGCAGAAAGUGGCUCCCAGCCCUAUCCGCAGACUCCAGAAGAAAUAUGUGUCUCAUGUAUCUCGGGAAGCUUGCAUCUCGCCCUGCUCCAUGAUGCUGGCACUGGUAUACAUUGAGAGACUCCGGCACCGGAACCCUGAAUACCUCCAGCAGAUCUCAUCUUCAGACCUCUUCCUGAUCUCCAUGAUGGUUGCUAGUAAGUACCUGUAUGAUGAGGGUGAGGAGGAGGAGGUGUUCAACGACGAGUGGGGAGCGGCAGGGAAGGUGGACGUCCAGACCAUGAACACACUGGAGAUGAACUUCCUGAGCGCCAUUGACUGGAGUCUCUACACAGACCCCCGAGAGCUGUUUGAAGUGCUGAGCUGGCUGGAAGGACGUGUGGCAGAAAAGCAGGGCAUGUGGCGUGGCUGGUUCACCUACACGGAUCUGUGUGUCCUCAUGGAGCAGUCCAUGUGGCAGCACGUGCUGGGCCAGUUCUACCAGCAAGUGGUGAAGACCGCGCUCUACCUGUGGGGCAGCGUGAUGACGGCUCUCUCCUACCCGAAGGCGCCUGAUCUGGCCCAACGGAGGAGCCCCCUGCAAGGCCCCUUCCAGAGAAUACCCACUGCCUGCGAGAGAUCUAACCGUACUGCCCCUGCCGCACCCCCCAGCCAGCCUGGCCUCUUCGGACUCGCCGUGCUCCCGGUUCCUCCGGCACUCCACUGCCAUGCCUGCUUAGCUGGUGUGGGCCCCCCAUGGGGUGCAGCCCCCAACCGCAAGGACUGGCUGGACCCCCUGGGGCUGAGGCAGUGCUCCUUGCACACUGCCAUGGAUCUCAGUAGAAUCAAGAGCUUCAUUUUUCCCAGCUAGGAGCAAGGGGCAACAGCCCCUUUUCCCCUUCUCUCCUGGUGUGGCACGGCUCACUUCCUUGCACUUCUGGGACCCC